AUGCUCACACAAUUAUUGGUGACCAGCAAUCAACCAGUCACCAUCAGAGCGAAAAUUGAAAAAGAAAUAAAAUACCUUACACCCUACGAAGGAAAACCAGGAACUCUAGUAUCAUUCUCAGCAUCAGUAAACAAAAUAUUUGAAAGCUAUACACGCGCAAAAGAGCAACAACAACUUUACGAAGUCAUCUUUAAUACUAAAAUCGCCGGAACAGCAAAAAAUUACCUUCUGACCGACGUACCAUCAACCUGGACCGAAUGCAUAGACAAACUGAGGAAACACUUUCGACCGGCAAAAGAUGAUUUAACCAUCACCAGACAAAUAGGACUAUUAAGGGUAAGGUCUAUACGUGAAUUAGAUAAUAAGAUAAAGACUAUUGUAGAAGAUAUAACAGAAUAUGCCGCCUUCAGCGACAACAGUAGAAAUAUAACAAACAGCCUUUUAUGUGUUUUAGCAAUGAAAAUUAAAGAAAUGGUUUCAGGGGCAUUAGCUUACGCCCUUUCGGAAAAACUUGAAUUAAACGAAAUUAGGAACAUAAUAAACAAAUUUAUUGGUCAGGAUCAAGGAAAUCUGAAAUCCCUGAACAAUUUUGUUAGAAAUGAUAAUUAUUAUCAAAGACAUACCUAUAACAACAAUAUUCACAAUAACUAUAACCCCUCUGACAAUAAUAAUAGGUCUGGACAAUACAGAAACUACACUACUUCAGGACAAACCAAAAACACAUCAAAUAACAGCAAUAAUAAUACUAACAAUAAUAACUAUAGUAACAGAUAUUCCAACAAUAACAAUUCUGAUCAAACCAGAAUGUCCUCUAGGAAUAAUUAUUCGAAUAGGAACGCAGAACCCAUGGAUACAUUCUCUGCCUCUUACCAAAGGCAAAUAAACAACAUACAAGCUCAGGAUUUUCCCAAGAAAAGCCUAGCAGACUUCCCUAUAUAA